CGGAUCGGACCGGAUCGGACCGGAUCGGACCAGAGCGGCCCCUGAGGUUCGGAAUCCUGGGUGUCCAUCAACCGUGUCGCCUCCCCUGCCUAGCGGGAGGCACUAUGGCCCCCAAAGACAUCAUGACCAACUCCCACGCGAAGUCCAUCCUCAAUUCGAUGAACUCGCUCCGCAAGAGCAACACCCUCUGUGACGUGACGCUGAGAGUGGAGCAGAAAGACUUCCCUGCUCACCGGAUUGUGCUGGCAGCCUGCAGCGACUAUUUCUGCGCCAUGUUUACCAGCGAGCUCUCAGAAAAGGGGAAACCAUACGUCGAUAUUCAAGGCCUGACUGCCUCCACUAUGGAAAUCCUGUUGGACUUUGUGUACACGGAGACGGUGCACGUGACCGUGGAGAAUGUUCAGGAGUUGCUCCCCGCAGCUUGUCUGCUUCAGUUGAAAGGGGUGAAGCAGGCCUGCUGCGAGUUCCUCGAGAGCCAGCUGGACCCGUCCAACUGCCUGGGCAUCCGGGACUUCGCCGAGACACACAACUGCGUGGACCUCAUGCGGGCGGCCGAGGUCUUCAGCCAGAAGCACUUCCCCAAGGUGGUGGAACACGAGGAGUUCAUCCUCCUGAGCCAGGAGGAGGUAGAGAAGCUCAUCAGGUGUGAUGAAAUUCAGGUGGAUUCAGAAGAGCCCGUCUUCGAAGCGGUCAUCAACUGGGUGAAGCACGCCAAGAAGGAGCGAGAGGAGUCCCUGCCCAACCUGCUGCAGUACGUCCGCAUGCCCCUGCUCACCCCCAGGUACAUCACAGACGUGAUAGAUGCAGAGCCCUUCAUCCGCUGUAGCCUGCAGUGCAGAGACCUGGUGGAUGAAGCAAAGAAGUUCCAUCUGAGGCCCGAACUGCGCAGUCAGAUGCAGGGACCCAGGACCCGUGCUCGCCUGGGGGCCAAUGAGGUGUUGCUGGUCAUCGGGGGGUUUGGCAGCCAGCAGUCGCCCAUCGACGUGGUGGAGAAGUACGACCCCAAGACGCAAGAAUGGAGCUUCCUGCCAAGCAUCACCCGGAAAAGGCGCUACGUGGCCACCGUGUCCCUGCACGACCGGAUCUACGUGAUCGGUGGCUACGACGGGCGGUCCCGCCUCAGCUCCGUGGAGUGCCUCGACUACACGGCCGACGAAGAUGGGGUCUGGUACUCGGUGGCCCCCAUGAACGUCCGGCGGGGCCUGGCGGGAGCCACCACCCUGGGAGAUAUGAUCUACGUGUCUGGCGGUUUUGAUGGGAGCAGGCGCCACACCAGCAUGGAAAGAUACGAUCCCAACAUCGACCAGUGGAGCAUGCUGGGGGACAUGCAGACGGCCCGAGAAGGAGCCGGCUUGGUGGUGGCCAACGGAGUCAUCUACUGCCUUGGGGGGUACGACGGACUGAAUAUCUUGAACUCGGUUGAGAAAUACGACCCGCACACGGGACACUGGACUAACGUUACACCGAUGGCCACUAAGCGCUCAGGAGCCGGGGUGGCCCUGCUGAACGACCACAUCUACGUGGUGGGCGGCUUCGACGGCACCGCGCAUCUCUCCUCCGUGGAGGCCUACAACAUCCGCACGGACUCGUGGACGACCGUGACCAGUAUGACGACCCCCCGGUGCUACGUGGGGGCCACGGUGCUGCGGGGCAGGCUCUACGCUAUCGCAGGCUACGACGGGAACUCCUUGCUGAGCAGCAUCGAGUGCUACGACCCCAUCAUCGACAGCUGGGAAGUGGUGACGUCGAUGGGGACGCAGCGCUGCGAUGCGGGCGUGUGCGUGCUCCGGGAGAAGUGACCGGGGGCGGGCGGGCAAGCCGGGGGAGAGAGAGCGUCAGCCCGAGCCGGCGGUCGGUUCCUAGGAGGACGGGUUGACGGGGAACUGAAGGCCCGGAGCAGCAACUUCUCUCGCACGCCGGGUGAACCGGGUGAUUGCGAGCCCCAGGGAGAUGGUGGCUGUACUUCCCCGCUUCCCUCCCCCCAGCUCCUCGUGGCGGGCGGGCAGUUGGGACACGUAAAAGAAGGCACUUUGAGCGGAGCAGGGGAGCCUGCAGCGUCUACUCCGCUCUGUGGUUUCAGGAGCACUUUUUCCUGGCAUUCUCCACGUGCGGAGGAGCAUGCGUACCUCGGUGGGGUGUCUGCUGACUCCCAAGAAGCUCUGGUGGGCUCAGGUGGGCACGGCCCCCCGGGCCCGUUGGGCACCUGACGGGCAGUCCGCUUGGUGGAUCUGGGCAAAACGCGAAUCUCUGAAGGGGGUGAGGAAAAACCCCUCCGCCCGAUGGGCCGGUAGCUUGUCGUCAGGAAGGCAGAGCGGGGAGGUGCCUCUUUGAAAGUCACGGGCGAGUGGGAUACUCCUGGAAUCAGAGGCUCGAAGCGAGGCUUUAAUUCGAUCGAUGGCGUGUGGGUCAACUGGGGGUGGUGGCGGAAGGAAGGAGUGCCCCUCCUUCAAGAACGAGAGCCGUCUCCAGGUUGGACGACCCUUUUUCCCGGACUCGGAUUCAGGGUUGCGCCUGUCCUCCCGACCCCCCUCCCCGCCCGCCCCAGAGCCCGUGACGUGAGUGAAACGGAGCACUGUGGACGACUGCGUAAGCUGAAGGGAUGAAUGCUGGGGAAAAGAGCAGGCCUGGCGCUUCCACGUUCAGCUCAGGCCGGGAACCUCUCUAAGCAGGACUUAGUGUGGCGCGAACGUUUCCCACCCUAUUUAUUUUGGGGGUAGAAGGUCGAUAACCUUCAACCCUGGUAGCUGUCGUCCCGUCGUCUCCCUUGUGCAGCACCGAGGAGUGUCUCGCUUCUUGUUCUGCACGGCUUCCUCUCUCCCGAGCUUCCCCCUUCCCCCACCCUCCAACUCAAUCACCUCCUAACUCUUGUAGUCAAAAUGCAUGGAUCCCAGUGCGGUGUGAAAUGACGACUGAGACUCUGCUAAGGCCUCAGUACCCUGCGAAGUGAAAGGCAGGCGGGGAGAGAACACCAUAAUCCGAAUGAGGACGCACUUGGCCUUUGUGCGGAAAUCCCACUUCAGUCCCUUUUCCAGAGUCUCGUGUCCAGCCCCCCUCUCCAAAAUCGUUUUGCUUUGUCUUUUUUUUAAUGAAAUAAUAAAAACCACCUUGUCUCCUGAGUGCAGUGGGAGCAUCGA